CCUUUUGUUUCAGAGGUUGCAAAUAUGUAAAAAUACAGAUUGUGAGCGUGCAAAAUUCCUAUUUUUGAUGCUGUUUGUUUUUGGUGCAUAAUUUGAUAAAUUUUUUUACAAGGAUUUGAUAAGAAAUAUAGUGUAUUCUUUCAUGUAAAAAAAGAAUGAAUACGUGUGUAAAAGGGAUCUUCAACAAAGCUUGGAAUGUUCAUGGUAAAGUUUUCGCUGUGAGAUUCUCACAUAUCUCGAUUACAAACAUCGAAGACGAGGUCGUACCAGUAAACAGCCACAACGAGUGGGACCCUUUGGAAGAGAUCAUAGUUGGAAGAGUGGAGAACGCUUGCGUUCCGUCACUAACUGCUGAAGUAAAAGCAGUUAUUCAUCCGGAAGAAUGGCCUUUUUUCAAGAAACAAGCGGGAAGUUAUUUUCCGGCUAAUUUUUUUAAAGCGGCAUCCGCUGAGAUUGAAACAUUUUGUGAUGUAUUGCAACAAGAAGGGGUGGUUGUUAAACGACCUGACAUAAUGGACCACAAAAGGGAGUACACUACACCUGAUUUUACAUCACGUGGUAUGUAUGCAGCAAUGCCACGUGACAUCCUAUUAGUUCUUGGAGAUGAAAUAAUCGAAGCUCCAAUGGCUUGGAGAAGUCGAUUUUUCGAAUAUCAACCUUACAGGACAUUGAUAAAAGAAUAUUUUAGAAAAGGUGCUAAAUGGACAACAUCGCCGAAACCACUGAUGUCAGAUGAACUGUAUGAUAUGGAAUUUCUUACUGACGAUGUUGAGAAAAGAAAAAAAUUGGACGCGGAAGGACGGUUUGUAACAACUGAGUUCGAACCUUGCUUUGAUGCUGCAGAAGUUAUGCGAGCAGGAAAAGAUUUAUUUAUCCGAAGAAGUGAGGUCACUAAUUAUAGGGGUAUCGAGUGGCUCAAACGUCAUUUGGAUGGCAGGUACAAUGUCCAUGUUUUAUCUUUCUCCGAACCAUUCCCUAUGCACAUGGAUGCAACAUUAAAUUUUGUUGGCGAAGGUUUAGCGUUGAAAAAUCCUAGUUACAAAUUUUAUCAACAAGAGAUGUUUGAGAAAGCUGGAUGGAAAAUUAUUGAUGCACCAGAACCUGUCAUCCCAGAUUCAUAUCCGUUAUGGUAUUCGUCAAAGUGGUUGCUGAAUAUGAAUGUCUUAAUGCUCGAUGAAAAAAGAGUUGUCAUUGAUGCUGAUGAAAUUCCCACCCAAAAGGUAUUUGAAUCUCUCGGCAUCAAAUGUAUUAAAGUGUCGAUCAAAAAUGCAAAUGCAAUUGGUGGUGGUUUUCAUUGCUGGACAUGUGACAUCCGAAGAAGGGGAGAACUGAAAAGUUAUUUUUAGUUUAAAAAUUUACGAACUGAAUCUCAAGUAAUCCCAAGUAAUCAAAAAAAUACUAAUCUUUCAGUAGGUUUAAGGGCAACAAAAACAGUUGUUUUUUUUAAGCCUGAUCUGGACUUGUUGAAAGAGUACCCUACAUGGGCAUGCGCUUUUUACAGAAUUAUCCCGAAAUUUUUCAUGGACUAGAAAGAAUUCCAAAAUGUGAAUUUUUCAAAAAAAAAAAAAAAAUCC